AUGGCGGAAAGCUUGCCACGAUUAUCAACCACUCUUGAUAUCGAAUACACUGAGGAACACAAUUACCUUGUUUGGCACAAGAACACCUUUGCAGACCCAUCGGAGAUGAUCACAACUGGCCGUAAGACUGUUGAGCACAAAGUUUUUGCGAAGCUUCCAGAUGGAUCCGAAUACAAAGAGUGA